CAACCGGAAGCUAAAUCAGGGAUUCUAGUGACCAGAGUGCGAGGGCUCGAUCUCGUCGGGCCCCACCGCGAGGCCGCGCUACUUCGACGACCCCUUCGGAUUCUCGGGUUUCGUCUAGCCGGUCUCGGGGUUCGUCAUCCUCAUCGCAGAGCCCCCGUCCCGCUAUGGUUCAGCAUGCGGCUCCUUCUCCCGCUGCGGCCCCUCAUCUUCCUCACGACUUCCCAGACAUUCCCGAGCCUCAUGUCGCUCCAGGAGUGAUGACUGUUGCACAGCUGGUGCAACAGCCAGGUCGUGACCAUCUCCCUUAUCUCACUCUGUAUCCUAGGGAACCCGGUCAGACUUGGUUCGACCGAUCCCAUAACGGGAUCAGCGCUUGGAUCAACAGGAUGAUGUAUUCCGACCUCAAGAAGGGAUACGCAACCUUCACAGUGAUGCCGAGGGAUGAGCAGGAGCUCUGGUUUCGUCAGUUUGCUCAAGAGUUCAACUGGCAUCCGGAUAACACGACGUUCAUCCGCAACGCCUUCAUCCACAAAUGUAUGGAUUCAUAUUCCGGGCAAAUAUAUGAAUGGAAGCAGAAGUGGCUAGCGGAUAAGGUCCCAAAGUGGAUCAACAUGACCACUUGGGAGGAGUUGUGUGUCCAUUGGGACAAGGACUCGACGAAGCAGGUCUCUAACACCAACUCCGCCAACCGCAAGAGCGAUCGUGGCGGGAAGGGCAUGUACAAGCACAAUUUGGGUGCUCAGUCUAUUCCCACUCUCGCAGACAAGAUGGCGCAAGAAAAUGAAGGUGAGCCCGUGGGUGAUUUCCCUUUGUACAAGAGGAUCCACACCAACAAGACCACGGGCCAGAUUGAUGACGGUCUUGCGCAGGAGGUUGUCUCCCUGGUGGACAGUAUGACACAAGACGAGGAGGCCCGUCUCUCCCAGAUCCAGGCCGAUCUCGAUCUUGACGCCACAUCUACUGAGUCCACUGCCCUCUCUCAAGUCCGAAUCAACGAGCUUCUUGAAUCGGCGAUUCCAAAGAAGAAGGGACGUUUGGUCGGUUUGGGUCGUCGAUCCAAAUCGGUUCCUCCUACGUCUCAGGUGCCAGUUGAUCCUACUCUGAUGGAUCAACUGAAGGAUAAGGAUGAACGCAUCCGUCAGUUGGAGGAGAAGAUGGCGGCUCAAGAGAGAGCUAGAGAGGCAGACAGGAGGCGGAGUGAGAAGAUGAUGGCGGCCUUCAUGAGGCAAUUCCCGGACCAGAACUUCGACGUCGACGAGGACGAGUAG